AUGGGGAUUCCAAUGCAGGUCGCGGUUGAGCUUGUGUACACCAGCGACAGCUGCUGCCGUUCCGCCAGUGACCUCCCGAGCUCCAGUGACGCGCUGGUGACGAGUCUCCUGCCCACAAGCGCAGCGUUUCGAGGCAACGUGCAGCUGACCAAAGCGGAUCAUGGGGAUGGAUGUGCUUUGUACUUGAGUGUAAAGGGCACGACAGCUGCUGAUACGGACGUUUACGAUGUGGCGCGCUCCGUGCAUGAGCAAGUGAAGGAGUUGCUGAGUAUUAACUGGCUCAAGAACAUUUCAUUGGCUCGAGCUUCAGUGGCUCCAGAUGAGGACAAGAAGAUGCAAGUGUCGUUGACCACUGGAGGAACAAACGCAGGGUACAAGAGUGUACUUACUGUACAGCAAGGGGCGUGUACGGACCUGCUGGAUGCUCUCGAGAGCGGAGCUGACGUGCUCUUACCGAGACACGUAAAGGCAGAUGCUUUGGAAGUUAAGAGACGGGAAGGAGCCGAUGCAGAUGGCGAUUGUGUCGUGUCGUUGGAUGUGGAUGCAAGGGCUCCGCAACUGGGUGAGGAUGUAGGAGCUUUUCAGCUGCUGAAGGCAGUGGACGAGACGAUGGGAAGCUUUUUUGCUGGCCGAUCAACUCCAGUCGCUCUCGCCAGUGCUACUGUUCAACUGCAUUUGAAGCCUGCUGAAGAGAGUGAUGCGAUGAAUGUGGCUCAGACGGUGGAGAGCGUGGAUGCGAAGCUGCCGACUGAUGUGACGUUUAACGCACCGUCGUAUAAUGAGGCAGUGGGCAUUUUUGCCCUUCUUGCUGCACUCGCAGUCGUGAUGAUGGGGGUGAUGUUUCAGAAAAAGCGCAAUGAUCGUCGUAGUCGCGAGCGCUAUGAACGUGCGAAUCGUUCCGCACAGAUUCGUCGUGUUUCGAUUCGUAUGAGUCAGCACGAUCACGAUGAGAGUCGCGAGGGCGAAGAUGAAGGGGGAAGUCUAUUGUAG